ACAGGUAUUCCACAGUGUGUGAUACACAUCAAGGUUUGUUUAACUCGAGUGGUAAAUAUACGAAGCAUGCGUGUCUGAUCGCUCGCAAGGAGAACAGGAUCAUAUCUCGAAGAACUCGCGGCGCGAGAUGUAAACACUCACACACCGAUUUCAUUCAGCGAUCUACAGUGGGUUUACAGCAGUUCAGCUAUACCACUUGGAUACAAAGCCGACAUAUGUACGAUGGUCUUUGAGGACAAACAUUACUAUUCAACAUAGAAAAUCUGGUGUCGACAACUAGUGGGCCUACAUCGGAGUAGACAGGGUAUUUGUUGGUAGUAGCCAUAACAAUAUUUCAGUUUCACCAUGGUGGAAGAGGAUUCCAUGACCAACGGAAACGCGGCGAAUGGUGUCGCUGCUCCUGCAGGCAACACUGCGGACAGUCAAGUCGUCUACCGACCAAAUAAGAAUGGUGAUUCCGAUGUUGAAACCAGACUGGCCGAUAAGGCGAGAGAAGCCGGCGAUGAUGAUGCUGGAUCCACCUCGGAUAGCAAUGUGGAGCUCAAACGCGAGAUCACGCUUUUCGGCGGUGUCGCGGUCAACGUCGGUGUAAUCAUCGGCUCCGGCAUCUUCAUCUCGCCGAAGGGUGUCCUGAUCGGGUCGGGGAGUGUCGGUAUGACCAUGGUGAACUGGUCUAUCUGCGGGGUGUUCUCCAUGAUCGGAGCCCUGUGCCUUGCAGAGCUGGGGACGAUGAUCCCAUCAUCGGGAGGCUUCUACGUGUACGCCCAGCAGAGCUUCGGAAACUUCUGGGCCUUCUUGUUGCUCUGGACAAUGAGUAUGAUGAUGCAGCCGGUAGCCAUUGCGGUGAUCACAUUGACGUGUGCUCAGUAUGUACUUGAACCUUUCUUCAUGAUGGCCGAAUGUAAUCCUCCUGCCUCUGCUAUCAGUAUCCUGGCAAUAUGUGCACAAUUUACGGUCAUGUACGUCAACUGUCGGAGCGUGAAGUUAGCGACCAGUGUCCAGUCCAUCUUCACUGUUGCCAAGCUAGCAGCACUCUCCAUAAUCAUCAUAUCUGGCUUAGUGUUACUUGGAAAAGGAAAUACACAGAAUUUUGAGAACUCAUUCGAAGGAACAGAACUGAGCGGAUUGGGGAUCGCCCUGUACUCUGGUCUAUUUUCAUAUGCAGGAUGGUACUCACUCAACAUUGUUGUGGAAGAACUGAAAGACCCAUACAAAAAUCUUCCUCGUGCCAUCGUCAUCACCAUUGUCACUGUAACGAUAGUCUACGUCUUAACAAACAUUGCUUACUUCGCUGCCCUUUCGCCGGAGGAACUCCUCGCUUCAAACGCCGUGGCAGUGACAUACGGGGCUAAGGUUCUUGGAAGCUUUGCUUGGAUCAUGCCUGUUGCUGUGGCUCUCUCAACCUUUGGAUCAGCUAAUGGUAACAUGCUGACCUGUUCUAGAUUAUUCUUUGUUGGUGCUCGUGAGAAACAUCUACCUAAUCUCCUUUCCAUGAUCAACAUUGAGAGAAAUACACCCGUACCAUCAUUAUUAUUUACUUCUCUGCUCACCAUACUCUACUCACUGGCUGGCGACGUGUUCACACUUAUCAACUAUUUCAACUUUGUGACAUGGUUUAGCAGUGGUCUCGCUGUAGCUGGUCUCUUGUGGUUGCGUUACAAGGAACCCGACAGGCCAAGACCAUACAAGGUAAACAUCAUUCUUCCAAUCAUCUUCGUCCUCGCAUGCAUCUUCCUCAUCAUCAUGGGAACCAUCGCCGCCCCCAUAGACACUGCUAUCGGUGUCGCUAUCAUGUGCACAGGAAUCCCGGUCUAUUUCUUCAUCGUCAAACCCAAGAAGAAACCUGAUAUGGUCGUCAAAGCCAAUGAUUUUGUCACUCGUUGGUUCCAGAAGUUGAUGCUUGUUGUGGCUGAAGAGAGAUAGUGUCAUUAAACUUGAACAGCCAUCUUGGUACUCCACGCCUCACUGACCAAAAUCUUGAAGUGAGAAGGGCUCCAUCUCACAAAGAUUUGCAAUAGAAUCAAUUAUUAUUCAAUUGUAAUGGAUGUCAGCAUGUCUAGUUAGGAGAAAUUUAGAUAAAUUAACAAUUUGAGUCUGAAAUGAAUCUAUUGUAAUUCUUUGUGAGACAUGGUCCAGGGGGCAUAACAUAAAGCUCAGCGAUUGAUUGCAGGGCUGAUUUCUACAAUCGAUUGCAUAGAUUGUUGUGUAUGAUCAAUCGUAAGACUCGGCCCUCACUCAAUCGCUAUUAAAGUUUUGUGUCACAGGACCCAGCUCUCAUUAAAGAUCGCCUUAAAUAGUUGAUCAGGUUUUGUCUAUCAAGCCGUUCAAAAGGACAUGCCUUUGAUAUCUAUAAAUAACCAUGAUGACCUGUACAUUUUUUGGAGUAUGAAUGCAUGUGCAAUGUCAAGCAAACUUUACUUUUAGGCUCUUUUCUAAGGAUUUAAGAUAUUGAUAACCAUCAUGUUCGGUUGUGGGCUGGUGAACAUUGCAUAUUUACAUUUUUUUCACAAGUAGAGAGAAGGGUAAUAUUUCUCUAUUGACCCUCAAGAGAAUUAUUGUGCACUUUUUUUACUCCAGUGAUAUACGAAUUUUUAAAAAUGCACUAUUCAUAACCUGAAAAUGAGGUUGUAUGAAAGACCCUUUUCAUCAUAUUUAUUUGAAAGUGGGUGCCUUGUUUUGUGGAAUCUGCUCUUUGAGGGUCAGCAGUAUAAAUAUUUGUGUCUGUUUCAUGAUUGAAUUUUGAAUACCUUUGUAGGGACAGUAAUAAUACUAAUAGCCAAUUUUUAUAAAGCGCUUUUCCCAGAAUGGCUCAAAGGGCGUUACAGCAUAUUAUUACCCCGGUCAUUGGAUUCAUUUCAAUCCCCGCACGAAAAGUGCAUAAUUUCCACUCCCUGGGAGUAUUCCUUGCAUUCAUCGCAGCCUCAUUAUGGCGCUGGCAAAAUCAAACAUACAUGUACAAUAUCUUUCGCAUCCUACUGGGUAAGAAAACAAAAUCAAUUUCAACUAUUUUCUCUUCAGAAAUCCUUAACAGAUAAUUAUGAACAUUAAGUUUGCUCCAGAACAGAUGCAUUUCAUUUUAUGCAAUAAUUCAUUGGUGUAAAUGUAGGCAGAUUUUUUUUUUACAGACGUUUAUUAUUGAAUGAGAAGAUGAAUGUGUGCUUGUUUUGCUGUGAUUGAUAGAUAAAACAAAGAGUUUUUAAUCUGAUAGUUUGAAGAGUGUAGAGGAUGCUUUGAUAAUCUCUGAAAUGUACUGUAUCUAUAUAGAUGAAAUGGUAUUAAUAGAAUUGUCAAUCGUAUUGAUUAUUGUUUGGAAUAGUACAGCUGACUCUCUGAUUUCCGGGGGUAAAUUCUUGAAAAUAUGAUAUUAUGGAUGAUCUCUCAGUGAACAUGAAAUUACAAUAAUUGUGGACACCUCUGACAGAAAUUUACAAUGCAGAUAAAGGACCAAGAUUUUUGCGCACAAAAUGUUUACAGAAAGAGACGUACUAUGUACAUCUUUUGAAGUAUAAAUCAAUAAGCAUGACUUUCAUAAAUGUAUAUUCAUCUUUUUUUCAGUGGUAUUGUUGAUAACUUUAAAACAUAUAUAUAUA